UCAAUAUGGCGGACGCGCCGACGCUUGCCUUUGAAGUUAGCAUUUCCGGGGCAGGAGGUCUUUUACUUUAAGCUCGUGUGCGUUUGCGCGCGCGUGUGUUUUAUCUGCACUAGUGGCAUCACAACACUGUAAAUCACAGCAGAUCUAAGACUCAGGAACUAACACACACACACACACACACACACACACACACACACACAGGACAAUGUCUUCUAAUGCAGGCACUGAAGACCCAGAGGAAGAGGAAGAGGAGGAGGAUGUUGAAUUUGUGUCUGAGGGUCCUCUUAGACCUGUUCUGGAGUGUAUAGACUUGCUGAGUGAUGGAGAGGACGAUGCAGGAGUGUGUACGAUUGAGGAUCAGGUGAACAGACAGAAAGCCCAAGCAGCGUCCACUUUGGACCGAUUGGCUCGCCAGGUGGCUGUGGAGAAACAGGAGCGGGCGGAAAAGUGCAAAGCCUUCAAGGAGAAGAUGAUCUCGCAGCAGGCUCACGGGCGUCGUGAGUUGGCGGUGAGUCGAUGCAGCGGCGAUGACAGCAGCGAUGCCAAACGCUGUGUGGACAUCUGGCUGAAAAUGCCAGGAUUAACACCAGGCGUCAUCAAUACGGGUGGAAGCUGGAGGCACAGAUCUGCUCCCAAUCCCUCGUUAAGGUCCUCCCCUCAAACCUGCCCUGUCAUUAACUGUGGACGGGUUUAUGAGAAUGUCCCUCUGCUUGAGGGGCACCUUAAAAGAUUUGACCACUCGCCGUGCGACCCCACUAUCACGCUGAAGGGCAGCCCUGCUUCUGUGCACGCCUGCGUGGCCUGCGGACGUCAUUUCGACACCAAAGAACACUGGAGAACGCACUUGGAAUCUCAGUUGUCUUCCUCUAAUGCUGGUGGUCAUGACGGCUCUCAGACCUGCCAGUUGAUUGUUUGCUUCGCUUGUCCUGCCUGUUUCCUCCUCUUUAACAUCAAGAAUGAGUGUCUCCAGCACAUGGCGGCCAAAAACCACUUCACUCUGUCUGGCUUUCUACACGAGAUGAAGUCAUCAGGGCCGAUUCCUGUUCCACGAUAUGCAAAGAACAGACUCAUUGCUUUAUGUAAAGAUGUUGCGUUUCGAGUCAGAUGCACGGCUUGUUCAAAAGUGCUCACGUCACACAUGGAAGCCAAGGCUCACUUCAAUGUGCACUGCAGACAGGGUUGUGCGAUUGCAGAAGCUGAUCAGAGCGUGCCUGAGGUCAUGAAGCAGAUGACCGUUUUAAGCCAGUGUUCCUCCUGCUUCAAAAUCUUCCUCUGCCAAAGACAGCUGGAGGAACACCAGGGACAAACGCAGCACGAGGUGGAGAUGAUCCGAAGCAUGGAGCGAGCACUGCUUGUUUACAGCAACCACGCCGAAAUCCGUCACGCCUCUAAACAUGCCAACGCAACCGUAUCUUCGUCCCAUCGGGACAGACGAGACAAACACGACCGCCUUUGUUCCCCCGCUAAGCGGCAGAGACUGUCCGGCUCGAGUCCUCCGGCGAAGUGCGCCGUGAACUACGCCUGGUUCUGCGAGUGUGGCCUGCAGUUCCUGGAGGAGGAUCAAGCCAGCAAACAUCUUCUCGCAUCCAAUCAGAUCUUUCACAAGUGUGGCGUCUGCGGGAAGCUCAUGGGCGAAUCGUCCAUCACGCGUUUGCACAUGAGCAGGUUCCACGGCGGCGCUCAUCUGUCCAACUUCCUUUUCCACUGCAGGCUGUGCAAAUUAGACAUGCCGAGGAUCGAGGACAUUCUGACUCAUGUCGGUGUUUCCCAUCCAGGGCACAGGUACUACGAAGAACGAGAAAAAACCAAAGACGAAAUCCCAUCGUCUUCUCAGAAACCGUCCACCAGGGUAGAUCACCAGCCGGCUGUUCCCAAGGAGCGGUGGCUGUGCCGAAUGUGCGAAGACAUCUUCGACUCUGAAGCGGCGGUGCUCAAGCACUGCAGCGACAUGACCAGUCACAGCUUCCAGAGGUUCGCUUGUGGCCACUGUCCGCAGAAGUUCUUCAAAGACUCGACCCUCCGGAGGCACUGCGCUAACGAGCACGACAAUCAACUGAUCCUGCGCUACUUCUGCGGACUCUGUGACAGCAUGCUGUACGAUUCGGAGCAGGAGUUCCUGGAGCACUACGCCAGCCUGCACAGCAAGGAUUACUACCAGCUUGACCCGGCCGAGAACCGAUCCACUCGCGUCCCAGGGAGUUCCGACGAAGUACCGACGACAAGCAAAAACCUCGCCCAACUCUGCCCAUGCAUGGGCUCGCAAAAAUCCAAAGAGGAAACCAGGUCCACCUUCACAAGAUGCAUGAAGCAGCUUUCCAUCGAAGGGAAGUGCGGAUACGUGUGUCAGCGAUGCGCAGCCAAGACCAGCUGUUACGCCGAAAUGAAAACGCACAUGCACCUGAAGCACGAGGCUCUGGGCAAGGACAAACGCUUCGACGUGGUCUGCGAGGCGUGUUCCCAGAGCCACAAGGACGUACCCGGGUUCCACUCGCACUUCCACGCCCAUCACUGCGCGCUGGAACCGUGCGUGUCCUCGCGACGUGAAGGAUCGAGCAAAGACGUCGCUCCGGUCACGAAGAUCCUGAACGCAGAGGAAAUCUCUGCCGAAAAGAACGCCGAGGAGUUUCAGGAUGUUAAGCGAGCCAUCGCAUCGACCACCGUUUCCAAACAGAAGCAGGACGACUUUGAUGAGGAGAUUAAACUGGCUUUGGCUUUAAGCGCAGAAGAAGCGAAGAAGCCGGCAGCGUUUGAUCAGGCUUUGCGUCUUUGAAAAGAAAAGGUACAGCAUAUCUGAAAUGGAAGAGGCUUUGAAGAGAAGUCUGGUGGACUUUUGAUUUGAAGGUGCACACACACACACCUUGAUGUUUUUUGUUUGUUUUCAUGCUGUUCCUCUAGUGACUGUAAGGUGUUCAAUAUUUUUGUUAAUACGUUCUAAAAGAGUAAAUAAAGAAAAACAAGCUUC